AUCCCGCUCACUAGUUCCCCAUCCCAGCGCCUCCACGCCCGCUCUAGCGCCCCUAAAUGUAGCAACGCCCCUUCGACACUAUCGCUGAGCGACCCGCCCUACGACAAUUACUUCUACUCGGACUGCAAUGUCGCCGCACAGGCUGUUGUCACGAGCCCGCUGCCACAGAGCAAUCUGUCGCUCAUCGGUCCACGAUUGAUCGUCGCAUGGCCGGCUGGUGAUAGCGGCGUGUGCGCUUAUUUUGCGCCGCAGAAUGGCGUUAAUGGCACACUGUCUAUUGAGAUGGUUAACUCCACGGCUGGCCAGCCCUUGGGUCCUGUAUAUACAGCUGGAUCGAACAGCUCCGCACCCCCUACCGUCGGUGUCCAGGGCGUGUUGCGCUUCAAUGCGUCGGCUACAUUGACAGUUCCUAUUCUGGGGAGUAUCCGUACUAUCCGUGAUUUUGUCGAGGGACCUAGUCUGCUCCGGUCUGAGAUUCAGGAUGCCAUCAAGUUCGUCGCGCAUAACGACGGCAGCGCCUCGCUGCAGCGGACAUGGCUGGACAAUGUCACUUCGACAACGUUGACGUUCGCCCCUUCGAAUGGCACAAACAAUAAAGUGACCGUCUCCAAUCGCACACUCGUCUUGCCGGCUGGUGACUACCUUUUCUCCGCAUCGAUGAACUACCCGCAACUCACGGUUCUUAAGUCAGCUUUCGUGUUGAACAGUGCGUCUCGCAAUUUGACAAACACUAUGCCAGGCCAGACGGCUGCACUGUCGUUCUUGUCGUACUCGGAGAAGUUGCUCGCUGGUGCGUGGCGCUUCUUGACGUACUUUGGACGCGACUCGAUGCUCUCGGCGCUGCUUUUGGAGCCGGUGCUUAGCUCUGGGAAUGCCAGUGCCAUGGAGGCUGUUAUUGGAGCGGUGUUGGAGCGGGUGAAUCGUACCGAUGGUAGUGUUUGUCAUGAGGAGACCAUUGGGGAUUAUGCGACGUGGACGAAUUUGCAGAAUAAUAUCACGAGUAAUGCCAUGGUCUGUGACUAUAAGAUGAUCGAUUCGGACUAUUAUCUGCCUGUUCUGAUGCAGAAGUACUUCCUGGAAAAUCCUGUUGGGCAGAAACGAGCUGCAGCUUUCUUCAACACUUCGGCUGGAUUGAUCAAUGCUGAGAACCAGAAUCUGACAUGGGGUCAACUUUCCCUGAUCAAUGCCGAGCGGAUCAUGCGUCUUGCUCGUCCCUUCGCAGAGAAGCAGACGAAGGAGAACCUGAUUCACCUCAAGGAUGGUCAGGUCGUUGGAGAAUGGAGAGAUAGUGAAUACGGCAUUGGCGGAGGUCGCAUCCCCUACGACGUAAACACAGCCCUAGUCCCAGCAGCCCUACGCUCCAUUGCCGUCCUCACCCGUCAAGGCCUCUAUCCCAAGCACAAAGAGUGGUCCAACCUAGCCACCAAAUAUGCACAAAUCUGGGAAGACAAAACCCUCGACUACUUCAAAGUGACAAUCCCCAAGUCCAAAGCACAAGACCUAGUCGCAUCCUACAAGAAGGAAUCCUCAUUCCCGGGCCCCGACCAGGCCACCUCCAUCACAGACGACGUCGUCUUCCACGCCCUCGCCCUCGACGGCGACAGCAAUCUCACUAAAGUAGAAGUUAUGAACACGGACGACUGUUUCCGCCACUUCCUCCUCAACACCACCGACGACACCCAACUAACCCCCUUCCUCAAUAAUUCCGCUACCAACAUCCGUCGCACCUUCCCAGCAGGCCUGAUGACCUCUGCCGGCAUGAUCGUCGCAAACCCUGCUUUCGGUGGAGAUCCUGUGUACGCCCAGAACUGGACUACAGGCGCAUACCACGGCACGGUUGUUUGGUCCUGGCAACUCGCCAUGAUGGCCAAGGGACUUGAGCUCCAACUCGGUCGGUGCGAAUUGACCUCCAACUUUUCAGUUUCGCGUCGUGAGACGGAUAAGGGGACUGUCGCUCCGAUCCCGGCUUUCUGUGGUGAUGACUCCGUUUAUGGGAAUGUAAAGGCGGCUUAUAAUGAGCUUUGGGAUGUUAUUGAGCAGAAUGAGAGUCAACUCUCCGGUGAGGUUUGGUCGUGGGUUUAUCGGGAUGGUGGUUUCCAGGUUACGCCUUUGGGAGUAUUGCCGGCGCCUGGUGGUGGUUCGCAGACUGGUAAGUUUUUGUCCUCAUUUUCUGAUUCCCUUGAUGGGUUA